GUUAUAGUUGUACAGCAUUUACAUCAACGCUACAGCUCUAAAAUAGCUAUUCUCUUUUCGAAAACAUGCUUUGAGCCGUUAUUAUAACCAGCUGUUAAGCAGUUUUAAAGUAACCUAGUAAACAAACAGCGUGAAAACAAGUUCUGCCAUUCGCAAAAAAGAGAUUGCCAUGUUUAUCGCAUUUUACACUCCGGUUUAUGCUUCUCCUACUUUACCUCAAUCAAUGGCCUCGGCUACACCUUAUUACAAUGGACCAUCACCGUAUACUCCGACCAUUGUCCAGCCAACACCAAGCUAUCCUUAUUCGAGUAUGGGCGCAAUGCAGGUAAAUGGACAGCCACCCAUUAUCGUUCAACAACAGCCAUACCCGGUAUAUCAACAAAGAAGUUGCUGUGAUUGUUGUGAUUGUUGUGAUUGUUGUUAUAAUGAUUGUGCUUGCUUAACCGCGCUACUUGCUUCUAUUUGUUUAUGCUGUUUCUGUUGUGGAAAUGAGAGCGAUGAAUGCUGCUGCUAAAUCGACAUUUUCUCUGUCGGAAGCAUACAAAGCAGCCUUACCUUAUCACUUUAGACGGGAUCAACCACCAUCUCAUUUUUGCAGCAAGUAAAUUAUAUGGCAAUGGCAAGGGUAGCCAACCUGUAGACUAGGUUGAUCCUGUUUGGUUUAACGG